AUGACGACCGUCAUUCGCACCCGCCACCCGUUGCAAGUCAUUAGCAUGAGCAACGAGCAGCCUGGAUCAAGGAAAAGCAAGCGCCUUGCGGCCUCGUCGGUAUAUGACGAACAAGAUGGCGACUUCCAUUUCACGCGCGGAUCGAAACCGAAGCGAGUUAAGAGCGCGGAAUCCGAGCCGGAGCCAGAGACCGGGCCAGAACCUGACCCCGCGCCGAUUGUCGCGAAGAAAUCGGGAAGGGGCAGACCCGCGAAGACACGCGCUUCAGUAGCAGCCAAGGCACCCGAACCGACCCCAUCGGUAACGGCACCCAAAGCAGCGACUUCAUCAAGGCCCCGGACGCGACGAACCGCGAGUUUGCAGCCGGCAGAGGAGGAUGAGCUGGAAUUCGUUGCGCCAAAGCGUACGACGCGUCGAAGCACGCGCAGCUCUACGGGCAAGGCAGAUAAGCCGGAGAAGGAAAAGCCGCUUAACAGACCAGCGCCAGUACCGGAGGAAGAAUACGAUGCCGAAACCGCGACACCAAUGGAAGUGGAGAGACAACAGACGCCACGCGUUAUGGACGAGCCAGUUGAGUCCGAGAAGAUAACGCUCCCCGUCAGUGACACGCCCGUCAUCAAUAGAAACAAGGAAAUGCGGAAAAAAGGAGGCGGCAACCGGCGGAGCAGCACGGGUAUGCGCGGCAGGAGAGCAAGUUCCCUAAUCGAGAGCGGACACAAUGCGAUUCCCCAUCGGGAGGUCGAAACUGCGGAAUUUUACAAGCACAUCGAGUCUGAAGGCCUCAUGGAACCGAGGCGGAUGAAGCAACUGCUAACCUGGUGCGGCGAACGAGCACUGCUGGAAAAGCCGCCGCAUGGUCAAACAGAUUCUAACACAAUUCUGGGUGCUCGCUACAUCCAAGAGCAAUUGCUCAAGGACUUUUCGACGAAAUCGGAAUUCUCGGACUGGUUCAGUCGAGAAGAGGGACCGAAGAAGCCCGUGAUAUACAAGCCGAACCCACGUAACAUUGAACACCAAGAGAAGAUUGAGCAACUAGAACAGAAAGUCAAGAGACUAAAAGAAGAGAAGAAGAAGUGGCUGGCGCUGAAGAAAUCGCGUAUAGAAGUCGCACCGCUAUUCCCAGAAGCAGGUGCCGCGCAAACAGCAGUGGCGGAUGCAUCAGUGCUCGAUCCGAACGAGACAGAAAUGCUGAGCUGGCUCACCAACCCGGCGUCUUCGUUUGAGAGCGUUCGUGCCAAGACGCUCUCCCGCCUGCAAAACACGCAGUCAACGCUAGAGUUCAAGGUGGACCAGCUCGCUGACGGCAUACACAAGCUCUUGCAGCGAGUCGACACGGCAGGCCGAGAGGCGGACAAGGUGCUCUCGCUGAGCGCUGCGCGGCUCAAGGAGCGAGAAGUGAGGGAAAAGGCCAAUGCUGGCACCAAAGAGAUGCCCGUCAUGGAGGUGCUGCGCAGCCUAGGUAGGAUACUACCAGAGGGCGCGGAGUAA